AUGUCUACCUCACCUUUGCGGGAAUUUCCGCAGUGUGCAGUUUACACUUGGACGGUUCUGCGGGUAAGCGAGCGAAGCGAGAGUCAGACGGGCGCCUCUCACUGGGAAGAAUGUGGGGCCGUCACGGACAGCUGCAAUGGUUCAGGGCCCUCAAUCUGGCUGGAAAACUAUAUAAACCUCUGGACGACCCAUCGAGAAGAUCGUCUCAUCACAACUAUCAUCACCAUCCUCUUCUACAAGUCUCUACACGGAAUCAUUCUGAUCAUCAUGCACUUCCUCAAGUCCACCGCCGUCCUCCUCGUCUCCGCCCUGGGCGUGUCCGCCACCCAUUUCCACAACAACUACGGCAAGAACGGCUGGAUCCAGGACAACCAGGGAUCCGACAUCCAGCUCAAGAACGGUGGCUCUGUCACCAUCGGCGGCGGCUGGGGCUUCUUCUGGGUCGACAGCAGCGUCUGCUCCAAGAACUCGGUCACCUACACCUGGCCCUCAAGCUACGGCGAUGUCUAUAUCCACAGCGAUGGUUUCUUGUAUGAUGCUAGUGGCUACCAAAUCUCCGGCGGUGCUCACAUUUGCGGUUAA